CACCGGCCUCUCUCUUGUCUCUUCAUCUCCCAAUCCGUGUCCCUGCUAUUCCUCGCGAUUCUGCUCGAGUAGCCGGCGGCGGCGGCGGCGGCGCCGGAGUCGGCGACGAUGAAUCCCCUGACGCAGGUGAAGCGGACGCAGGUUAUCAACCAGAAGGAGGCGCUCCUUGGCAUCGGCGAGGACGCGUCGUGGCACGCCAAGUUCAAGGACUCCGCCUACGUCUUCGUCGGCGGCGUCCCCUUCGACCUCACCGAGGGCGACCUCCUCGCCAUCUUCGCGCAGUACGGUGAGGUGGUCGACGUGAACCUCGUGCGCGACAAGGGCACCGGAAAAUCCAAGGGCUUCGCGUUCCUCGCGUACGAGGACCAGAGGAGCACGAUUCUCGCUGUCGACAAUUUGAAUGGAGCUAAAGUUGUUGGGAGGAUCAUAAGGGUUGACCAUGUGAGUAAGUACAAGAAGAAGGAGGAGGAAGAUGAGGAGGAGCGGCAGCAGAAGAGAGAGGCCCGUGGAGUUUGCUACGCCUUCCAGAAAGGCGAGUGCAAUCGCGGAGCUUCCUGCAGAUAUUCGCAUGAUGAGCAGAGAAAUGCAAACACCGGUUGGGGUUCUAAAGAGGAUAGCGGUGCACGAUGGGAGCAUGACAAACACCAUGAUAUACCAAAGAGUCGUGGCAUCUGCUAUGCUUUCCAGAAAGGCGAGUGCAACCGUGGAGCAUCCUGCAAAUUUUCCCAUGAUGAGCAGAAAAAUUCAAAUACUGGUUGGAGUUCUAGGGAUGGUGAAUCAUCCAGAUCAGAGCGGUAUGGAGGGCGAGAUUCUAGGAGUAGGCAUGAUGAUAGAAGACCAGAAGAUCGGGACAGAUACAGGCAUGACAAGUCACCUGAAAGAUCAAGAGGUGAGAGGCAUAGGAACGAUGACAGGUAUUCUCAAGGAAGAGAAGAAAGAUCAGAAAGACACAGAUAUGACGACAUGGAUCGCAAGCGGUCAAGGUACGAUGAAAAUAGUGAACGCCAUGAAAGAAGAGGGUGACAGAUACAUGUUUGUACUCGACUUGUAUAAUGUAAUCAGUUUAACUUUUUGAUAUGUGAACAUAGAUACCUUCAAUUGAUUACAUCUAGUGGUGCUUUCUUUUGAAAAUUCUUUUAUAUGCCUUAAAUUGAUUA